UCUGUCGUCAUACUUGCGCGCCGCCGCAGCUCGCUGGGAAAACAGGACGGGUGUCAUGGCGAGCUCAGCCGCCUCCUCGGUGCGACCGCCGAGACCCAAGAAAGAGCCGCAGACGCUCGUCAUCCCCAAGAAUGCGGCGGAAGAGCAGAAGCUCAAGCUGGAGCGGCUCAUGAAGAACCCGGACAAAGCAGUUCCAAUUCCAGAGAAAAUGAGUGAAUGGGCACCUCGACCUCCCCCAGAAUUUGUCCGAGAUGUAAUGGGUUCAAGUGCUGGGGCUGGCAGUGGAGAAUUCCACGUGUACAGACAUCUGCGCCGAAGAGAAUACCAGCGACAGGACUACAUGGACGCCAUGGCUGAGAAGCAAAAAUUGGAUGCAGAGUUUCAGAAGAGACUGGAAAAGAAUAAAAUCACUGCAGAGGAGCAGACUGCAAAGCGCCGGAAGAAGCGCCAGAAGUUAAAAGAAAAGAAAUUACUGGCAAAGAAGAUGAAACUUGAACAGAAGAAACAAAAAGAAGGGCCCAGUCAGCCUGAGGAGCAGGGGUCCAGCAGCUCUGCGGAGGCGUCUGGAACAGAGGAGGAGGAGGAGGUGCCCAGCUUCAUCAUGGGGCGAUGACGUCUGCUGCAGCCGCUGCCUGGAACCCAGCUCGUGCUGAGAGCAGAAGGGAAAGGCGGCUGUUUGGCUUUCUCCCCCCAAGAGGUCCCGCUGGAUGGACAGCAAAGGAGACCCUCCCGAGCUGCUCGAAGUCCUGUCUGUAGCAGGGUUGGGAGGCUGAGGGGCCACCUCCCUGGCACACGAAGGCACUGCCUUGCAGACGCCAUCCACGCUCCUGGUAAAAGGGGACAGAGAGCCUCGCCUUGUCAUAUUUGAACGGCAAUGAGUUUGGGACUGGUUUCUGGGAAAAGAACAUUUAUUUAGUAAAGAGCAGAGCACCCUU